AUUUCGCGUAUUUCGCGACUGAAGUAAUCGAAGGGUCGUAAUGUCAGAAAUUCGACGAGAAUCAUCGAGUGUGUGUAAUGUCAGCUAUAAGUGACGCAUUAGCGCUUUCCGCGGCGCGUUCUUCACGCGAAACGAUGCCAAGAGGAUAAAUUAUGCCUCGAAAAGAGAACACCAAAGCGAAAACAUGGGAGCGAGACAGAAGAAAACGUAUGAACGCUUACUUCAAAACUCUGGCAGACCUUCUGCCACCGCAUCAGGAGGGCCGCAAACGCAACAAAGUCGAUAUCCUGAUUCACGCAUCGAAGUAUAUCAAAGACCUCCAUAGCCGCACAGAGGAGUUAUUCUCUGCUCAUGCUUCAGAAGCACAUAAAGAAGAAUUGGCUCGUCUUAAAAAACUUGUAACCCAACUUUUCUCUCGUACGCAAUUGUUGUCCACUCUUUUGCGAGAGGCUGGUAUUUCUGUGCCAGCAGAACCAGCUCUUGAAAAGAUAUCCCCCCUGAAAUGGUCGAACAAAAUUAAUGUAGAGGAUGCAGAAAAGUAUUUCAGCAAAAUAGAAGAGAUAAAAAAUUCUGAAAGCAAGAGGGAAAAGUCUGCAGAACUGAAAGUGCCUUCUAAGAGAAAAUCAGUUAAUUCUUCCCAUUCGUCUAACAAAAAGUCAGUGGAGAAUAAUGAUGUUUCUAAGGAUGUGAAUAGUUCUAUAGAGAAUCAGGAGAAUCAGGUAAACUCUGCAAAUAGCAAUGAUGACAACUCAGAUGCUACAGGCAAUGUAUCAGACACAGGAUCCAAAGAACCAGAAUGUCCAACAAACACAAGUUCUGAUGCAGUAGUCAGUUGUCCAGUAAAUAGCAAAGCUAAUAACGCAUUACAGAAAGUAGAAUCUCAAAAAAAAGUGAAGAGGAAAGUAAAGAAAAAGGAGGAGAAAAAAUCAUUAACGCAGUGUAUAAAUAAUUCUGUGACUAGUCUGACCCCAAAUACCCUCAUAUUAUCUGGUGGUAAAUUAAUGCCUUUGGUAACUCCAAUGGCUUCAAACAUAAUUGUAAAUACGCAGCAACAGCCAACGAACCCAAUAAUUCUCGGUAACGGCCAACAAAAUCAAAUGAUCGUAAUGCAACCUUUAACGAAUCGUGUACAAAAUCCAGUUGUUUCCAUUUGUAAUCAAGCUGUGAUUAAUACAGUUCAAAAGGUCACGCUCAAUACUGUUCCUAGUAUUCGUGCGAAUAUGGUAGUAGAUUCACAAAAUUGGGCAUCCAAUGUGAAGAAUAUAAUCAAUGCGACCAAAAUUGGCGGUCACAAAGGCAUUUUGCCCAAGGGUAAGGAAGUUACGAAAACAACGAUGACGUACAAAGUUCCUAUUCCAGCGGUUCAUAAGGAGAAAGCAGAAAAAUCUAAAGAACAUGGAUCUAAAAAAGAUACAGAGGUUAAAUCGAAAGUCAACAAAAAUCAUGCAAAAAAUUCUAAAAAUCAACAGUUAACGGAAACUAAUGAAGAAAAAACUGAAAAAGAAAAGGUUACUAAAAAUAGUGAAGAUAUAAAUUGUACCCAGAAGGUUUUGCUUAAACGUCCUGCAAGUACAGAAACUGGAUCUGUGGAUGAACCUGGUGAUAAAAAACGAAAGUCAAAUGAAAAUGAUGAACAUAGCCCAGCGAGUGCUCACUCGGUACCGGUAUCGAAGUCUGAUUUUGCUGUGACUUGUAAAUCUAUCGAAAGUUUGAAGCACGUAAUAGAAAAAAUUGGUGAGGACGCGAAUGAUGAACAAGAUGAUAGUCAUCCUCUGCCUCAGUUAGAGGAAAAUACUGAAACAAACGUAGAAUGUUCUGUUCUGUUAGAUACUAGUACUAAUCAGGAAGAUGUUUCUGAUUCUUUAAAAUCAGUGGAUGUUUUGACAUCAGAUAGUAUUCAGACUGAGGGAAAUGGAAGUCAGGACAUACCAGUUUCAGAUACAUCUCCAGUCACAUUCUCAGAUGAACAUUUAAAAUCUUCUAAUGAAAAUGUUUCAGUAUCUCCUGAAACUGACUUCAACAUUCCUGUAGACAGUACUCUGACAAAGUCAAGUAGUAGUGUGGAUUGCCCUAAUUCCAAGACAUCUUUGACACAAGUAGAAGAGGUAGUGGAAGAUUCUGUGAGAUCUACAAAAAUGAAGGAAGUGUGUAAUCUUGACACAGACUUUGACAAUCUUUUACAGGUGGCACCUAAAGAGCCAGAAGUUGUCGAAGGUACAACCAACUUAGAAAGCAAUAAGAUUAUUUUGAAUCUAGAUACAAAUACUACAACGACUUUGAAACCAGAAACUAGUGCUGUGGUUCAGACUUCAGAUAUCACAACAACAUCAUCGUCACUGCUCCCGGUUAGCAUAGUAGAGGAUGAAACCAAGCUAGUGAAAACAUCAAAGGACGAAGUGUCAAAGUCGUCACUGUCAUAUAACACAGAAAAUUCUUUUGUACCUAUUGGCAAUAGAGCUGAUGGUCUUCAUUCCGAUCUUUCAAAUGAUAUAUUUGCAUCUCUUCAAGUUCCUUCUAGCUCGAAUAAUCCAGAAUCUAUAUCUCCUACUGCAGCAUUCCUAAUGGCUUUUCCAUUGGUAUCAUCUCUAAAUGGUAAAACAGAGGUCUUAGAGGAGGAAAUGAAAGAAGACUUCAAGUACCAUAGUCAAACUCCACCCAUGCUUCUACAAAUUGGUGCAAUGGAGCCUAAUAGCUUUAAGUUAAAGACAGCAUCUCCACCUCAUUCCAUUGCUGAAAAACGUUUAAAGGUGACGUGUGAAGAGAAAAAGGCUAUCAGUCCUCCCGUGAGUGAAACGGUGACCACGAAUAUGGUUUCCGUGGAAUGUACUACGACCACGAAAGCCUUGCCUAAGGUUGUAAACGACGAACCACUCAGGGAGCCUUAUAAGAUUGUUCAAAGUGUAUUGACACCACCUUUAGAAAAGUCUGUAUCUUCUAGUUCUUUUUCCCACGCGAAUCUAUAUUCUAUUUCAAGUGCUUCAGGCACAACGUCAAUCACUAGUACCUCAGAAACGGGAGAAAAUUGUCAGAGCCAACUCGUAACAAAUCUAAGAAAUCCAAUUACAAAUGCUACUAAUGAAAAUGUUGUUGUUUCUCAAAUUAAUACAGUUUCCAUAUCAAAUAAGGUAAAUCCAAACAGUUGUCCUGUACAGGCUUCGACUUGUGACACUAAUGUUCGAUAUAGCACCUCUCAGGAUUUUCUAUCGAGUUACUCAACAAUUGUCGAGAAUAAUCUAACUACUCUUCAACAGAAUUCAAACACUUGUACCAGUUCAACCAUUCAGGAAACGAAUCCACCUGGAUUGAAUCAAAAUGUCGUUCCUGUAGUGUCUCAAGCACCUCUGAUUCCUCAUUUGAGUAAUACCAAUACAUCUACAAAUGCGUCGUCAUUGCCUUUACAAACUAUACAAAUGGAUUACACAUCUCAGAUGAAAGACAAAGAAUCUCAUAGUUCUCGUGUCGCUUACGGAGUUCAUGGUAAGGAUCCUCUAAUGGAUUCUAAUAUCGUUCCCAAUAAUCGUCUAAAUUAUACUGGUCACAUAGAUAGAGUUCUCCCCACUUCUUCUCAAAAGCAGGAAUAUUCAAUGCAGUCUAAGGAUUCAAUUCUGCCAAUUCUCUCUUCUCAAGCUAUGCAGACUGUCUAUGAGACACAGCCUAAAGAUAGUCAUGUUUUAACAACUCAGCAAAAUACUCUUCAGAGUUACACAGUUCAUGAAAAAGAUCAUAUUAUUCAGACUACUCAUAACGAUUAUACCGUGGAUCAGAAUAAAAAUCUACCUCGGAAGGAUUCAUAUUCCACAGGAAGUAGUAAUGCCACUACAUCCAACAGGAAUCAAAACUAUCCCGCAAAAGAUCAACUAUCGAACUCGUCUGAAAAUCAUUUCCAACGCAGUUAUUCGAAAAUUAAUAAAGAAUCUGAUUCUUCAGGGAAUAAUGUUGUAGAUCAGGAUUCAAAGUUGAAUGACGUUUUGAGAUCAAAGGCUCAAGAACCGCAGGAUCAUAGACGCGAUACUAAUUAUAACUCCUCAAAGAAGAUGGACAUUGAUCCAUUUACUCAAACAUUUUCCUAUGGAGUAAAAGAAUCUAUGAAUGCCCAGGCUGAACAGGGUGUACUAAAUCAAAAUACUGAUAACAUAUAUCAAGGUAAAAGAGAAGAAGCUCAAAGUUAUUCUUAUCCUAAUAAGGACACGAAGAAAAUUAAUACUAGUUCAUCUAAUAAUAUGAAUAACAAAUCUCUCAUUCAGAAUAAUCCUGUUUCGCGUUAUUCGCAACAGUCGACAUCUUUUGUAGCUACGUCCAAUUAUGAGCAAAGUACGGUUACAGAAAAUCAUGCAAAAUCAACGACUACUGUUGCUCAUAAUUCUUCCAAUUUUAGUAUUUUGUCGUGGACGACUUUGUCCCCUGUUGGUGGAGGGAAUAAUAAUAAUUUGGUGCAGUUUGAGCAAGGACCAAGUCAAACGGAUAAUACCGAAGCAAAGACAAUAUGUGAAAAUUACAAUUAUGUACCCCUCCAUAAGGAAAACCCAAACUUCUCUAACGUAUUGACUAAUGAUGUUUAUUCUGUAAACUCUACCAUGGCUAACAUGGAUAAAUCGAGGAUGAAAUCGGGAAUGGAAACACAGAAGCAGCCCUUCGUGGAUCCUUCUAAAUCCAGGAAUAUUCAGACUAAUGUUCCUUCAUCUGGUAAGCAAAAUCGUAUGCAGAACCAGACAUCUUCCAACAACAAUGAUUACACCAAGUUUAGCACAGAGAAUAAAAACAAAACUAAAUAUAGCAUGGAAUCAGAAUAUAUUCAGAACGAAUAUUCCGGAAUGGAACAGCAAUCGCAGCAGCAACAACAACAUGGACCAAAGACUCAUCAAUCUAUGACGACGAAGCAGGACAAAACAGUCUACCCAAUGUCUAAUUACGAUCCUCAAGUAAAUUUCGAUUUACCCGAAGUUACCUCACAAAUGAAAUACUCUGUCGAGACUUAUGCAAGUUCGAAUUUUAAGUAUGCUGACAAAUCUCAGCAGCAGAGUCAGAAUAAGUAUCAGCCUCUGGUUCAAGGGCAGAUUCCUUCUCUGCAACACGACAGUGUCACUUACAAUAAUGAUGGGAAACAUGGACAACAACAAAGUGCAACGAAAUCAAAAGGAAAUCAGCAACAGCAUGCAAUUAGGGCACCAGUAAAUUGGAUGAUGACCCCAGAAAUCAAACAUAAUGCUAACAUUGCUGAUAUCAUUUUACCACCUAUUGGGAAGGAGCUCGAAUUUUGUCAGAACAAUUUGUUUGCUCAAACACCAUCCUACAAUCAAGGAACGCCGAAUCAAUUUUAUAAUAAUUAUGAUGUUGCAGCUCAUAGUUUCUCUAAUUUACCAGUUCUGCAAAGUGAACCAAAAAGGACUUCGGAAGUGUUUUACUCGGAGGAACAACCAUUCCCUUGGUCUCCUACAAAAACUAGCCUUCACGUUGAGCAGGCUCAACCAGUAAAAGGUCUAGACCAACAUAUCGUUCCCUCCAGUCUUCCAACUUUGGUCGGUGACUUAGAUUUAGGUACUAAUAUACCCGAGAAACAGAACUUUUUAUUUAGCCAAGUACCUUCGAGGGUUCCGUCGGAUCAAAAUAAAGAUCCAAUCAAAGAUAAAGAAGGAAAUGUUACAGGGCGUGAUUUUCAUACUGUAUUGAAUAAUCAGACUGUUCAGCAUCCAACCGCGGGAUCAUCUUUCCUUUCUGUAAGUCAGUUGGUGGAACACGAGAAAGCUGAGAAAUCUCAUCAACAGCAUCAUCAACAGCAUCACCACCAUCAUCAUCACCACCACCAUCAUGCUCACCAGCAUCAACAGCAGCAGCAGCAACAACAGCAACAACAGGCUAGGAAGCAUCAAAGGAAAAGCAAUGCUAGUCCCAGAGGAAAUAGUAAAAGGCAGAUGGAUAUCCGAAAACAAGCUUCGGGUAAUGAUCAGUUGCAUCAACGGCACGAAGAGCAAAAAUCAUCUGGGCACACGUUUUCUGAGCAAGGAUAUCAACAACAGCAACAACAACAGCAACAACAACAGAAAUAUCAACAGAAUAAUGUUCAUUGGAGAAGCAGGAAUUGUAAAAGCAAUUACACUGCCGAGGCAUUGAUAGGAACUAACAGUAGCGUUCAUGAUACCAAUCAAGAUAAACAUGCUUCGAUUAAGUUCUCCACAAAUUAUUCACAAAACAAAUUCCAAACAAGCUUGUCUACAGCUGAUACAGUCAUGCCCCUUAAUUAUUUCUCAAACACGGAUGAUGGAAGUGGUUAUGGGCAAAUGGUGAAUCAAAAUUUUAAUUCAUACACAUAUUCGUCUAACACUAACAUUUAUCCCACUUCAAACUUUAUAACCAGUAUAUCGAAUACACCUAGCAGCUACAUGAUGCCAUUGCACGAUAAUACAGACUACAUGGAAGCUAAUGCCUUCCUUUUGUCAAAUGUAACAGUUGCCUCGACUACCUCUUCGUCAUCCUCAUCUACCGUGACCACCUCUACUUCAAAUGUAAAUACAAAUGCAAAAAAUCAUCAGCACUAUGGAAAGCAUCAGAAUUGCGAUAAAAGAUCGUACCCGACAAACGCAAAGAAGGGAAAGAGAAAAGGCCUUGAUGGAACUAUGCAGAACUUAGACUUUUCUUUAUCUGGUAUCAACUCACCGUUAGAGGAUUAUCAUCACUCUACGACAUUCUUACCACCACCUCCUCCGCCACACGCUAGCCCCCUUUAUCAAAAUCAUCCACAGGCCAAUGUAUAUACUAAAGCGGUAAAUGGUUUACCACCGCCGCCAUCGGUAGCUGGUCCACAAGGUGUAGCAACAGCUGGUUUUCCGAUGAAUCCAAAUAUGCCAAGAGGUGGAAUCGUCGCAAGUAAUCCUAUGUCUAUGAGCCAUCAUCCCUCUGGCACAAGUCUAACCAACUUCAACCUGAGUACCAUUUUUCCUGAGAUGAAUGACAAAAUUACUGGAUAUAAGCCACCGAACGGCAUACCAUCUGGCUUGUCGCAACCGCCAAAUCAAUCCGCAGUUUAUGCACAGAGGGCCAACUAUUCAACGAAUCCACUUUGCCAUUUGCCACAGGUAUCGGAAGGAAGUCAAUUUGGUAAUAGCGUUCCUCCUCCUCCUCCUCCACCUCCUCCUGGAGUGAUUCAUUACAAAAAUGUAUAA